AUGGAAAUCAUCUCAGAAAAAGCUCUGUUCUUGCUCUCUUGCUUCAUCUCAUCAUGUUUCCUUAUCUUAGCCACCUCAAGAUUCCGACGCCGAGCUACUACGCUGCCUCCUGGACCUCCACGAUUUCCGAUCAUCGGAAACAUCCACCAAAUCGGUAAAAACCCGCACCGCUCAUUAGCCAACCUCUCAAAGACAUAUGGACCAAUCAUGAGUCUUAAGCUUGGAUGUUUAGACUCGGUGGUCAUAACUUCACCAGAAGCUGCAAGAGAGGUUUUAAAAACACACGAUCAAACCUUGUCCGGUCGUAAGUCCAAUGACUCGAUACAGUGCUUUGGUCACCACGAAGUUUCCGUCAUCUGGCUUCCUCCCUCGUCUCCUCGUUGGAGGAUGUUGAGAAAAUUGUCGGUGACUCAGCUGUUCUCACCGGAGCGUAUGGAAGCCACUAAAACUCUACGGAUGAAGAAGGUGCAAGAGCUUGUGAGAUUCAUGACUGAAUGUAGCGAGAGAGAAGAAGCUGUUGAUAUUUCUCAUGCAUCUUUCACCACAGUUCUUAAUAUCAUAUCAAACAUUAUGUUUUCGGUCGAUCUCGGUAGCUACGACUCGGAAAAAUCCAGUAGAUUUCAGGACACGGUGGUUAGUGCCAUGGAAGCUGCCGGGAAACCAGACGCUGCUAAUUACUUCCCGUUUCUAGGGUUUCUUGAUCUGCAAGGUAAUAGGAGGGCUAUGAAGGCUUCCACGGAUAAGUUGUUUAGGGUUUUUCGUGGGUUCAUCGAUGCUAAAAUAGCGGGAAAAUCAUUGUGGAACCACUCUAAAAAUGUAUUGACUAGCGAUUUCCUGGAUGCGCUUCUCCUCCUCGCCGAAGGAGAUGAAGCAGAGCUUGACAAUAACGAUAUUGAACACCUUCUCUUGGAUAUGUUUACAGCCGGUACCGAUACAAGCUCUAGUACCCUAGAGUGGGCAAUGGCAGAGUUACUCAGUAACCCAAAAACGAUGGCAAAAGCUCAGGAGGAGAUCGAUCGUGUGAUAGGCCAAAACGGUGUCGUUCAAGAGCGUGAUAUAUCAGUUUUGCCAUAUUUACAAGCUGUGGUGAAGGAAACGUUCCGGUUACACCCGUCCGCUCCGCUACUCGUCCCGAGAAAUGCGGAAUCCGAUGUGGAGGUUCUUGGGUUCAUGGUGCCUAAAGAUACUCAGGUUUUGGUGAACGUGUGGGCUAUAGGACGAGACCCGAGCGUGUGGGAGAAUCCGACACGGUUCGAGCCAGAGAGGUUUUUGGGGAGAGAGAUUGAUGUGAAAGGUAGAGAUUAUGAGUUAACACCGUUUGGGGGCGGGCGGAGAAUUUGUCCGGGAUUGCCUUUAGCUGUGAAGACUGUGUCUCUCAUGCUUGCUUCUCUUCUCUAUUACUUUGACUGGAAGCUUCCAAACGGUGUCGUUUCUGAGGAUUUGGACAUGGACGAGACAUUUGGUAUCACAUUACACAAGACCAACACGUUAUAUGCCGUUCCGGUCCAGAAACGAACCAUUAAUUAAUUAGCCAUUGUAACUACUUUUUUUUCUUUCAGUUUGUUUAAAAUUUCGA